UGUUUUUCCCGGCUUUUUUCUUCGUUUCUCUCCGUUGUAAAUCGCUAAACAAUGGUGAUGAGGCCGAUUUCAAAAAACUGCUUAAUCUACAGACACAGCCUUUAUCUCAGGCUUAACUCUACGCUUGCUCUCUCUAACUACAAACCCAAUCCACCGACGACAACAACAAGCACAUCUAUCUUCCAAUGCAAUUCUCAAAUCUCGAAGCUCGCGAGAAACGGCAACCUCCAAGAAGCCGAAGCCAUCUUCAAAACAAUGCCUCAGAGAAGCAUAGUCUCGUGGAACGCGAUGAUCUCUGCCUACGCGGCGAAUGGCAAAAUGAGCAAAGCGCGCCAAGUGUUCGACGAAAUGCCCGUGAGAGCUACGACUUCUUAUAACGCGAUGAUCACGGCUAUGGUUAAGAACAAGUGCGAUAUGGUGAAAGCUCACGAACUUUUUCGCGAGAUACCCGAGAAGAACGCUGUCUCUUACGCGGCUAUGAUCACUGGUUUUGUUAAGGCGGGGAUGUUUGAUGAGGCGGAGUGUUUGUACGGUGAGACGCCCGUUGAGUUUCGUGAUCCCGUUGCUUCGAACGUUUUGUUGAGUGGGUAUUUGAGGGGAGGGAAGUUAGAGGAGGCUGUUCGUGUGUUUGAAGGUAUGGUGGUGAAGGAAAUGGUGUCGUGUAGCUCUAUGGUUGAUGGGUAUUGCAAAAUGGGGAAGCUUGUUGAGGCUAGGAGACUCUUUGAUGAGAUGUCUGAGAGAAAUGUGGUGACUUGGACUGCUAUGAUCGAUGGCUAUUUUAAAGGCGGGUGUUUUGAAGAUGGGUUUGCUCUGUUUCUGAGGAUGAGGCGAGAGGGGGGUGUUAGUGUUAAUGCUAAUACUCUGGCUGUUAUGUUUAAAGCUUGUAGAGAUUUUGGCAGAUACAGAGAGGGGAGUCAGAUUCAUGGGUUGGUUUCACGGAUGCCUCUCGAGUUUGAUCUGUUUCUAGGGAACUCCAUGAUCUCGAUGUACUCUAAGCUUGGCUUUACGGACGAGGCUAAAGAAGUGUUUGGUGUGAUGAAAAGCAAAGACACUGUCUCUUGGAACUCGUUGAUCACGGGUCUUGUCCAGCGGGGACAAGUCUCUGAAGCUUAUGAGCUUUUCGAGAAGAUGCCGAGUAAAGACAUUGUAUCUUGGACAGAUAUGAUCAAAGGAUUUUCCGGAAUAGGAGAGAUCUCCAAAUGUGUAGAGUUGUUUAGGAUGAUGCCUGAGAAGGACGACGUAACAUGGGCUGCUAUGAUAUCUGCUUUCGUGAGCAAUGGAUGUUACUCGGAAGCGGUUAGCUGGUUUCGUGAGAUGCUCCGAGGAAAGGCUUUUCCGAACUCCUACAGUUUCAGUAGCGUCCUCAGCGCAGCAGCUAGUUUGGCGGCGUUGGUUGAAGGACUACAGAUCCACGCUGAAGUAGUUAAAAUGAACAUGGGGCAUGACUUGUCGGUUCAGAACUCGCUGGUGUCUAUGUAUUCAAAAACCGGAAACGCGGAUGAUGCUUACAAGAUCUUCUUACGCAUCGGUGACCCCAAUAUUGUUUCUUACAACGCGAUGAUCAGCGGGUUUUCUUACAAUGGGUUCGGUAAGGAAGCGGUUAAACUGUUUUCGGUACUGGAAAGUACAGGAACAGAGCCGAACAGUGUUACCUUUCUUGCUCUGUUAUCAGCUUGUGCUCACGUUGGAUACGUAGACUUAGGAUGGAGAUACUUCAGCUCCAUGAAAUCUUCUUACGGCAUUGAGCCAGGACCUGAUCAUUACGCGUGUAUGGCUGACCUUCUUGGAAGAAGUGGAAUGCUUGAUGAAGCAUAUCGCUUGAUCUCUUCAAUGCCUUUUGAGCCUCACUCUGGUGUUUGGGGAAGCCUGCUUGGUGCUAGCAAGGCUUGUCUGCGUGUGGAUCUUGCAGAGAUUGCUGCUAAGAAACUAAUCGAGCUUGAGCCUGAUAGCGCAACACCUUACGUUGUGUUGUCCCAGCUGUAUUCACUUGUUGGGAAAAACAGAGAUGGUGAUCGGAUAAGGAGUAUCAAGAAGUCAAAAAGAAUAAAGAAGGAUCCUGGUUCUAGCUGGAUUAAUAAAGGGUGAAGUACACAACUUUCUUGCGGGAGAUGAAUUUCAUUUGAGUCUGGAAGAGAUAACGUUCACUCUGAAGAUGAUUGAAAAGGAAGUGGAGAGUGUGUUCAUCACAAUGAAGCCUGUAAGCUGGUAGAGAGGAAGUAUACAUACCUGAACCAAGCUCUGUUAUUGAGAGAGAGAGAGAUUAUGGAAACUGAUUUGAUUGUUUUGAUGGUCUGUUGUGGUGUCUUUAUUGCGUUGGCUUUAUUGGUGCCAUGUUGUUUGGAGGAGAAGAAGAAAACAGGCACUGAUGGUUCUGUGCUAAAGCCCAACAACCAGAGAGGCAGGGCUGUAACAAGCAGCAAUGGUGACUUCAUGUUUUAUCCAGCUGCGGCAGCGUCUCUUCCUACUAUCUCUGGUUCUGGACCUUCUGGUCACCAUCACAGCGCUCAUCAUCACGGUGGUGGUGGUGGUUGUGGCGGCGGAGGGCAACAUGGUGGUGGAGGAGGGUGUGGUGGAGGUGGAGGAUGUGGUGGCGGUGGAGGAGGUGGAUGUGGUGGCGGGGGAUGAAGUUAGUUAUGUAUAACGAUGAGUAGAGUUAGAUGAUGCUGCUAUGAUUU